AAGGCUUGUGCGUUGCAGCGCUCCAGAGCGAUGUUGCAGCGGUACCUGUUCUACUGCAACCGCUACAUGAACCACAUGCAGUCGCUCCGCUUCGAGCACAAGCUGUACGCCGGGGUGAAGGCCAAGAUGGAUGAGAUGCAGCAGCACAACAUGUCCUGGAUCGAGGUGCAGUUCCUGAAGAAGGCCGUGGACGUGCUGUGUCAGUGUCGCUCCACACUCAUGUUCACAUACGUCUUCGCCUUCUACCUCAAGAAGAACAACCAGUCCAUCAUCUUUGAGGUACACUAUGGUAUUAACCCUAAUCCUAUAGCUAACUCUAACCCUGGUAGCUAGCUAACCCUUCUACCUCAAGAAAAACAACCAGUCCAUCAUCUUUGAGGUACACUAUGGUAUUAACCCUAAUCCUAUAGCUAACUCCUAACCCUGGUAGCUAGCUAACCCUUCUACCUCAAGAAAACAACCAGUCCAUCAUCUUUGAGGUACACUAUGGUAUUAACCCUAAUCCUAUAGCUAACUCUAACCCUGGUAGCUAGCUAACCCUUCUACCUCAAGAAAAACAACCAGUCCAUCAUCUUUGAGGUAGAGUAUGGUAUUAACCCUAAUCCUAUAGCUAACUCUAACUAUCUGGAUAAAGGCGUCCGCAUGCUUCCCAGCUGAAACAGUUCGGAAGAGUUUGUGCAUAUAUUAUCAUGACAUUUUGUGACGUUUUUGUUUGUUUUUGGACUUUCGGUGAGGGUUUUUUCAGCUGUUCGGGCACACGACAAGCCGAAGUCAGUAGCCGAAGUCUAUGCCCCUUCGUCGGUGAUUGGUCAGCAGUAGGGAUUCUUCAAUAAAGUCUUUGUCAUUCAACGAGAGACGACUUGUUUUCGUGCAUAUUUUUUCAUUGAGAAAUAAUGCACCAAACAUCUUCAAUGUAAUAUUUUGCGACUAAGAUCUCCUCUGCAAAAACGUCAAAAUUCAUGACAUUUCUUGAGUUAUAUUAGAUUAAUUCUGACUAUUUUGAGGAAGCAUAUACUGUCUAUAGCGUAACAAGAUGGACAAACUGUACUAUUGCCGCUUUUUUCUAGUUUUUCAAGCAAAGGUCUUUUAAGGGAUUGUGAUUACUGCAUUGUAGGGAAAGAGCAAGAAAUGCAUUUCACUGUACUUGUGCACGUGACAAAAAAUAAGAACUUGGGGCAUGUGGUAGCAAAAAGUUGUGCAGUGGAAACAAGGAUUUCCUGUUGGACAAAUUAUGAACACGACCCUGCUGUGGUGGUGAAUGCAGGGAUUCAAAUUCUCCAUCACUGCAUCCGUCAUAUGGAUUGUGGAGAGGUGUUUUUUUGAGAUCGGUGUAGAUCUGCUGGUUUGGAGAUGACGGCCUAAUACAGGGAGAAGCAUGUCUGUUCUACUAAAUAUAUUUACAAAUAAAUGUAUUCUCAAAUAUGUUAUUUUCUCUGUUACGCUGUGCACUGAACUGACAUGCAUGAGGUUGUUGAUGAAACUCCGAUGUUCAGAUGAAGGGAAUUAAAUAGUCUAUAAUGAGCACCACAGCAAGCCUCAACUCUGACAGAGGUGGAACCUACUGUGCUGCUGGAAAGACUCUGCAGAGGUGGAACCUAUGUCUGCUGGAAAGACUCACAGAGGGUGUAACCUACUGUAGCUGCUGUAAAGACUCAGACAGAGGUGUGUUACCUACUGUACUGCUUGUAAAGACUCAGACAGGUGUUGUAUGUAGCUGUGGAAAGACUCAGCCAGAGGUUGUACCUACUGUAGCUGCUGGUAAGACCAGACUGAGGUGUUAGCCUAUGUAGCUGCUGGAAGACUCAGACAGAGGUGUGUAACCUACUGUAGCUGCUGGUAAAGACUCAGACAGAGGUGUGUAGCUGCUGGUAAAGACUCAGACAGAGGUGUGUAGCCUACUGUAGCUACUGGUAAAGAUCAGCAGAGGUGUGUAACUACUGUAGUGCUGGUAAAGCUCAGACAGAGGUGGUAGCUGCUGUAAAACUCGACAGAGGUGUGUACCUACUGUAGCUGCUGUAAGACUCAGACAGAGGGUUAUGGCUGCUGUAAACUCAACAGAGUGUUGCUGCUGGUAAGAUCAGACAGAGGUGUGUAGCCUACUGUAGCUGCUGGUAAAGACUCAGACAGAGUGGAACCUACUGUGCUGCUGGUAAGACUCAGACAGAGUGUGUAACCUACUGUAGCUGCUGGUAAGACUCAGACAGAGGUUGUACCUACGUAGCUGUGGUAAAGACUCAGACAGAGGUGUGUACCUACGUAGCUGCUGGUAAGACUCAGACAGAGGUGUGUAGCCUACUGUACUGCUGGUAAAGACUCAGACAGAGGUGGACCUCUGUAGCUGCUGGUAAGACUCAGACAGAGGUGUGUAACCUACUGUAGCUGCUGGUAAAGACUCAGACAGAGGUGUGUAACCUACUGUAGCUGCUGGUAAAGACUCAGACAGGGUGUGUAACCUACUGUAGCUGCUGUAAGACUCAGACGAGGUGUGUAACCUACUGUAGCUGCUGGUAAAGACUCAGACAGAGGUGUGAACCUACUGUCAGCUGCUGGUAAAGACUCAGACAGAGGUUGUGUAACCUACUGUAGCUGCUGGUAAAGACUCAGACAGAGGUGUGUAGCCUACGUAGCGGCUGGUAAAGAACCAGACAGUAGGUGUGGUACUGCGGUAAAAGACUCAGACAGAGUGUGUAGCCUACUGUAGCUGCUGGUAAAGACUCAGACAGAGGUGUGUAAGCCUACUGUAGCUGCUGGUAAAGACUCAGACAGAGGUGUGUAGCCUACUGUAGCUGCUGGUAAAGACUCAGACAGAGGGUGGAAACCUACUGUAGCUGCUGGUAAAGACUCAGACAGAGGUGUGUAACCUACUGUAAGCUGCUGGUAAAGACUCAGACAGAGGUGUGUAACCUACUGUAGCUGCUGGUAAAGACUCGACAGAGGUGUGUAACCUACUGUAGCUUGCUGGUAAAGACUCAGACAGAGGUGUGUAGCCUACUGUAGCUGCUGGUAAGACUCAGCCAGAGGUGUGUAACCUACUGUAGCUGCUGGUAAAGACUCAGACUGAGGUGUGUACCUACUGUAUGCUGCUGGUAAAGACUCAGACAGAGUGUGUACCUACUGUAGCUGCUGGUAAAGACUCAGACAGAGGUUGUAGCUGCUGGUAAAGACUCAGACAGAGGUGUGUAGCCUACUGUAGCUACUGGUAAAGACUCAGACAGAGGUGUGUAACUACUGUAGCUGCUGGUAAAGACUCAGACAGAGGUGUGUACUGCUGGUAAAGACUCGGACAGAGGUGUGUAACCUACUGUGCUGCUGGUAAGACUCAACAGAGGUUGUAGCCUACUGUAGCUGCUGGUAAAGACUCAGACAGAGGUGUGUAGCUGCUGGUAAAGACUCAGACAGAGGUGUGUAGCCUACUGUAGCUGCUGGUAAAGACUCAGACAGAGGUGGAACCUACUGUAGCUGCUGGUAAAGACUCAGACAGAGGUGUGUAACCUACUGUAGCUGCUGGUAAAGACUCAGACAGAGGUGUGUAACCUACUGUAGCUGCUGGUAAAGACUCAGACAGAGGUGUGUAACCUACUGUAGCUGCUGGUAAAGACUCAGACAGAGGUGUGUAGCCUACUGUAGCUGCUGGUAAAGACUCAGACAGAGGUGGAACCUACUGUAGCUGCUGGUAAAGACCUCAGACAGAGGUGUGUAACCUACUGUAGCUGCUGGUAAAGACUCAGACAGAGGUGUGUAAACCUACUGUAGCUGCUGGUAAAGACUCAGACAGAGGUGUGUAACCUACUGUACUGCUGGUAAAGACUCAGACAGAGGUGUUGUAACCUACUGUAGCUGCUGGUAAAGACUCAGACAGAGGUGUGUAUCCUACGUAUCUGCUGGUAAAGACUCAGACAGAGGUGUGUAACCUACUGUAGCUGCUGGUAACGACUCAGACAGAGUGUGUAACCUACUGUAGCUGCUGGUAAAGACUCAGAAGAGGUGUGUAGCCUGCCUGGUAAAGACUCAGACAGAGGUGUGUUAAGCCUACUGUAGCUGCUGGUAAAGACUCAGACAGAGGUGGUUGUACCUACUGUAGCUGCUGGUAAAAGACUCAGACAGAGGUGUGUAGCCUGACUGUAGCUGCUGGUAAAGACUCAGACAGAGGUGUGUAGCCUACUGUAGCUGCUGGUAAAGACUCAAACAGAGGGUGAACCUACUGUAGCUGCUGGUAAAGACUCAGACAGAGGUGUGUAACCUACUGUAGCUUGCUGGUAAAGACCAGACAGAGGUGUGUAACCUACUGUAGCUGCUGGUAAAGACUCAGACAGAGUGGUGUAACCUACUGUAGCUUGCUGGUAAAGACUCAGACAGAGGUGUUAGCCUACUGUAGCUGCUGUGUAAAGACUCAGACAGAGGUGUGUAACCUACUGUAGCUGCUGGUAAAGACUCAGACGAGGUGUGUAACCUACUGUAGCUGCUGGUAAAAGACUCAGACAUAGGUGUGUAGCUGCUGGUAAAGAACUCAGACAGAGGUGUGUAACCUACUGUAGCUGCUGGGUAAAGACUCAGACAGAGGUGUUAGCCUACUGUAGCUGCUGGUAAAGACUCAAGACAUAGGUGUGUAACCUACUGGAGCUGCUGGUAAGACUCAGCAGAGGUGUGUAACCUACUGUAGCUGCUGGUAAAGACUCAGACAGAGGUGUUGUAACCUACUGUAGCUGCUGGUAAAGACCCAGACAGAGGUGUGUACUGCUGGUAAAGACUCAGACAGAGGUGUGUAACCUACUGUAGCUGCUGGGUAAAGACUCAGACAGAGGUGUGUAGCCUACUGUAGCUGCUGGUAAAGACUCAGACAGAGGUGUGUAACCUACUGUAGCUGCUGGUAAAGACCUCAGACAGAGGUGUGUAACCUACUGUAGCUGCUGGUAAAGACUCAGACAGAGGUGUGUACCUACUGUAGCUGCUGGUAAAGACUCAGACAGAGGUGUGUAGCCUACUGUAGCUGCUGGUAAAGACUCAGACAGAGGUGUGGUAACCUAACUGUAGCUGCUGGUAAAGACUCAGACAGAGGUGUGUAACCUACUGUAAGCUGCUGGUAAAGACUCAGACAGAGGGUGUAGCCUACUGUAGCUGCUGGUAAAGACUCAGACAGAGGUGUGUAACCUACUGUAGCUGCUGGUAAAGACUCAGACAGAGGUGGUGUACCCUACUGUACUGCUUGGUAAAGACUCAGACAGAGGUGUGUAGCUGCUGGUAAAGACUCAGACAGAGGUGUGUAGCCUACUGUAGCUGCUGGUAAAGACUCAGACAGAGGUGUGUAACCUACUGUAGCUGCUGGUAAAGACUCAGACAGAGGUGUGUAGUCUACUGUAGCUGCCGGUAAAGACUCAGACUGAGGUGUGUAACCUACUGUAGCUGCUGGUAAAGACUCAGACAGAGGUGUGUAGCCUACUGUAGCUGCUGGUAAAGACUCAGACAGAGGUGUGUGUAGCCUACUGUAGCUGCUGGUAAAGACUCAGACAGAGGUGUGUAGCCUACUGUAGCUGCUGGUAAAGACUCAGACAGAGGUGUGUAACCUACUGUAGCUGCUGGUCUGGUAAAGACUCAGACAGAGGUGUGUAACCUACUGUAGCUGCUGGUAAAGACUCAGACAGAGGUGUGUAGCCUACUGUAGCUGCUGGUAAAGACUCAGACAGAGGUGUGUAGCCUACUGUAGCUGCUGGUAAAGACUCAGACAGAGGUGUGUAACCUACUGUAGCUGCUGGUAAAGACUCAGACUGAGGUGUGUAACCUACUGUAGCUGCUGGUAAAGACUCAGACAGAGGUGUGUAGCCUACUGUAGCUGCCGGUAAAGACUCAGACAGAGGUGUGUAACCUACUGUAGCUGCCGGUAAAGACUCAGACAGGUGUGUAACCUACUGUAGCUGCCGGUAAAGACUCAGACAGAGGUGUGUAACCUACUGUAGCUGCCGGUAAAGACUCAGACAGAGGUGUGUAACCUACUGUAGCUGCUGGUAAAGACUCAGACAGAGUGUGUGUAACCUACUGUAGCUGCUGGUAAAGACUCAGACAGGUGUGUAACUGCUGUAAAGACUCAGACAGAGGUGUACCUACUGUAGCUGCUGGUAAAGACUCAGACAGAGGGUGUAACCUACUGUAGCUGCCGGUAAAGACUCAGACUGAGGUGUGUAACCUACUGUAGCUGCUGGUAAAGACUCAGACAGAGGUGUGUAACCUACUGUAGCUGCUGGUAAAGACUCAGACAGAGGUGUGUAACCUACUGUAGCUGCUGGUAAAGACUCAGACAGAGGUGUGUAACCUACUGUAGCUGCUGGUAAAGACUCAGACAGAGGUGUGUACCUACUGUAGCUGCUGGUAAAGACUCAGACAGAGGUGUGUAACCUACUGUAGCUGCUGGUAAAGACUCAGACAGAGGUGUUUAGCUGCUGGUAAAGACUCAGACAGAGGUGUGUAGUUGCUGGUAAAGACUCAGACAGAGGUGUGUAACCUACUGUAGCUGCUGGUAAAGACUCAGACAGAGGUGUGUAGCUGCUGGUAAGACCAGACAGAGGUUGUAGCUGCUGGUAAAGACUCAGACAGAGGUUUGGUAACCUACUGUAGCUGCUGUAAAGACUCAGACAGAAGGUGUUGUAACCUACUGUAGCUGCUGGUAAAGACUCAAGACAGAGGUGUGUAACCUACUGUAGCUGCUGGUAAAGACUCAGACAGAGGUGUGUAACCUACUCUAGCUGCUGGUAAGACUAAGACAGAGGUGUGUAGCUGCUGGUAAACACUCAGACAGAGGUGUGAAACCUACUGUAGCUGCUGGUAAAGACUCAGACAGAGGUGUGUAGCUGCUGGUAAGACUCGACAGAGGUGGUGUAACCUACUGUUAGCUGCUGGUAAAGACUCAGACAGAGGUGUUAACCUACUGUUAGCUGCUGGUAAAGACUCAGACAGAGGUGUGUAGCCUACUGUAGCUGCUGGUAAAGACUCAGACAGAGGUGUGUAGCCUACUGUAGCUGUGGUAAAGACUCAGACAGAGGUGUGUAGGCGGUAAAGCUAGACAGAGGUGGUAAAGGACUCAGACAGAGGUGUGUAACCUACUGUAGCUGCUGGUAAAGACUCAGACAGAGGUGUGUAGCUGCUGGUAAAGACUCAGACAGAGGUGUGUAGUUGCUGGUAAAGACUCAGACAGAGGUGUGUAGUUGCUGGUAAAGACUCAGACAGAGGUGUGUAACCUACUGUAGCUGCUGGUAAAGACUCAGACAGAGGUGUGUAACCUACUGUAGCUGCUGGUAAAGACUCAGACAGAGUGUGUAGCCUACUGUAGCUGCUGGUAAAGACUCAGACAGAGGUGUGUAACCUACUGUAGCUGCUGGUAAAGACUCAGACAGAGGUGGUGUAACCUACUGUAGCUGCUGGUAAAGACUCAGACAGAGGUGUGUAGCCUACUGUAGCUGCUGGUAAAGACUCAGACAGAGGUGUGUAGCCUACUGUAGCUGCUGGUAAAGACUCAGACAGAGUGUGUAGCUGCUGGUAAAGACUCAGACAGAGGUGUGUAACCUACUGUAGCUGCUGGUAAAGACUCAGACAGAGGUGUGUAACCUACUGUAGCUGCUGGUAAAGACUCAGACAGAGGUGUGUAACCUACUGUAGCUGCUGGUAAAGACUCAGACAGAGGUGUGUAGCUGCUGGUAAAGACUCAGACAGAGGUGUGUAACCUACUGUAGCUGCUGGUAAAGACUCAGACAGAGGUGUGUAACCUACUGUAGCUGCUGGUAAAGACUCAGACAGAGGUGUGUAACCUACUGUAGCUGCUGGUAAAGACUCAGACAGAGGUGUGUAGCUGCUGGUAAAGACUCAGACAGAGGUGUGUAGCCUACUGUAGCUGCUGGUAAAGACUCAGACAGAGGUGUGUAACCUACUGUAGCUGCUGGUAAAGACUCAGACAGAGGUGUGUACCUACUGUAGCUGCUGGUAAAGACUCAGACAGAGGUGUGUAGCUGCUGGUAAAGACUCAGACAGAGGUGUGUAACCUAAUGUAGCUGCUGGUAAAGUCAUUCAAAGCCUCUACUUUAUCGCUCAGGAUGAAACUUUCCACUGCUACUAUUUUGGCCUUGUAAUGUUAUUGAACUGAACCAGACAACCCCAUAGUAGAAUAGUUGGCCUGUUUACCUAGUCGACUUGUUUACCUAGUCCCGAGUGGCGCAGUGGUCUAAGGCACUGCAUCGCAGUGCUAGCUGUGCCACUAGAGAUCCUGGUUCGAAUCCAGGCUCUGUCGUAGCCGGCUGCGACCGGGAGACCCAUGGGGCGGCGCACAAGGGUAGGGGAGGGAAUGGCCGGCAGGGUUGUAGCUCAGUUGGUAGGGCAUGGCGUUUGCAAUGCCAGGGUUGUGGGUUCGAUUCCCACGGGGGGUAUGAAAAAAAUAUAUAUAUGUAUGCACUCACUAACUGUAAGUCGCUCUGGAUAAGAGCGUCUGCUAAAUGACUAAAAUGUAAUGUAAAUGUGUUCUAUGCAAGAUAAAUAUUCCUCUUGAGGCGCAUUCAAGUUGCGAGAGCCAUAGGGAGGGAAACGUAUUCUGAUGAGCAGUUUUAAAAAGAUCCCAGUUUUAUAUUACUACCAUGUUUAGUUGGCAUGGUUUAGGCUCGGCUGUGAUCUUAAAGGGGCAGUGUCGUCUUAAAGGGGCAGUGUCGUCUUAAAGGGGCAGUGUCGUCUUAAAGGGGCAGUGACAUACUUUGUAAUAGAAACAAAAAAAAGUGAAUGAUAAUUAUUUUUAUAUUCAUGUUUGUAAUAAAAUAAUGAACAAUAAUACCAAUCAGGAUGUUGUGUCCAAUGGGGUAAAUGCAGAUGGACAAACCUCAUGCUUCAGCUUUAUGUACAUUUUAUAACCACUCUGCUACAUCAGUUGGGCUACAGGUCAUAAGGUAUAAUAUGUAUAACCAUGCAUAGGCUAUAUGCACAUGGUCCAAUAUGUUCAAAUCAUUUUUACCAAUAUGUUAUUGGGCCAAUUUCUGGAGGUGGAAAUGAUAUUUUAGAUGGUGUCAGUAUCCAUUUAUUUUAAUACAUUUUUUAGUAGAAUGUCCUUUUAAAAAGUCACCCGAACUUCUCAGUCCUUAAGCAUCAAAAUGAUCAUGACCCUGGACCCCCUAAGCAAGGAGACUGGAAUUGGUCAAACUCACAUUUUAGUACAUGAACAUGAUCCUCUUUCCCUAAAAAGCAUGAUGGGCUUUACAUGAAAGGGGAGGUUAACUUGGCCCCAGACAAUCGAUCUGAGAUCGACUUAAGUUUCAGUCAUGGGAUUUGUUUUUGUGGGGGUAAUAAGGCUUAACUGACCGAGGCUGACUUGUUGUUAUGAUGUCAUCAGAACAACCAGGCGGACCUGGAGAACUGUACAGAGACGUUGUCUGGAUACCUGGAGAGGGACAUUUCCCAGGAUUCCUUGCAGGAUAUCAAGCAGAAAGUACAGGACAAAUGCAGGUGGGUCAGAGAAAGAUACAGAAGCCCUCUCAACUGAAAAAUGUAUUUCUCAUGAUGUUUUGAUAUCGUCAUGAAGAAGACGUUUUUACCUGGUUGUAACAGAGACCAGUAGGUUGUUAAAUUACGUCUUCACAAUUAAAGCUGCAACUGCAUUGCCAGGGUCCAGCUGUGUGACCACUGUGACACCAUCAGGACAAAUUGGACACAUUGCCCUAAGAUGAGCUGCUUCUGUACUGUUUACCACGCUUGCCAAAUAUCAGAACUCAACAUCGAAAAAAACAGUGCCUUCAGAAAGUAUUCAUGCCCCUUGACAUAUUCCACAUUUUCUUGUGUUCCUGAAUUCAAAAUGGAUUAAAUAUGUUUAUUGCUCUCACCCAUCUACACCCAUAAUGACAAAGUGAAAACAUGUUUUUUGAAAUUUUGGCAAAUGUAUUGAAAAUGAAAUACAGAAAUAUCUAAUUUACGUAAGUAUUCACACCCCUGAGUCAAUACUUUGUAGAAGCACCUUUGGCAGUGAUUACAGCUGUCUUGUUAUUAUUUAAUUUUUUUAAAUAGGCGCUUACUACAGUAAAUUUUUUUUUAUUGAACCUCUUUGAGAUGGGAAAACAUGUUUUUAAGUUGAACAUAUAGUCUUUUGACAAUGUUAAAAUUAGGUGAAAUCAUUCCUGAACCUGCAACAAAAAACAAGCUACAUAUGGACAAUACAAAAACAAAUGAUCUAAUGAUUCUGUCUCUUCAAGUGGAUUUUCAAGUAGAUUUAAGUCAAAACUGUAACUCGGCCACUCAGGAACAUUGAAUGUCUUAUUGGUAAGCAACUCUAGUGUAUAUUUGGCCUUGUGUUUUAGGUUAUUGUCCUGCUGAAAGGUGAAUAAAACUCCCAGUGUCUGUUGGAAAGCAGACUGAACCAGGUUUUCCUCUAGGAUUUUGCCUGUGCUUAGCUCCAUUCCGUUUAUUUUUAACCCUGAAAAACUCCCAGUCCUUAACGAUUACAAUCAUACCCAUAACAUGAUGCAGCCACCACUAUGCUUGAAAAUAUGGAGAGUGGGACUCAUAAUGUGUUGUAUUGGAUUUUCCCCAAACAGGAUGCAUGUUUUGGAAUAUUUUUUAUUCUGCACAGCAGGGAUCAUCAACUAGAUUCAGCCGCGAGACAAUUUUUUUGUUGAGCGGAUGUUCGAGGGGCCGGAACAUAAUUACAAAUAAUUUGACCUCAAGAAGACCAAACCGAUAUAAUGUUUGACUAAAACAUAAUCAUUUCAAACCUUGCUUACAUUUGUAUACAAUCACGUGUUGCAUCCUCCUAGGCUUUACCAUCUCACAUUAAAAUGUUUCAUUUCGGAUGAAAAGUAAUAAUGAACAGGAACAGAUUAGAACACCAGGCCCGGGCUGAACCAAAUACAAUCAGGUUUUAUACCUGGCCCGGGCUGAACCAAAUACAAUCGGGUUUUACAAGUUUCGCUGCUGAACCCCGAAUUAGAAAAUGACAUCAUUACGACAUCAGGCCCAAUACACCUCUUCUCUCUUCUAG